AUGCCGUCGAAGCGCACAAUGUACUUCCCAGACAACUCAAACGCGGGCAGCCGCCAACGGCAAGAUGGAGCAGAGCCAAUCGACCCUAGUGCGCUUGCAAAAGCAUUGAAGGACUAUGAGACUUCUGGCAGCCGGCGGGACAGGACACCAGCCUCCAGUCCAUGUCGCAAGAGACAACGGGUCUACGGGGACCGGCAAGUCACACUUUACCCGUUUAUUCCUAAUCGUGACGGACAAGAUCUACAGGCGACGUAUAGCCUGUUGCACGAGGAUGGUUGCCCAUCUACUCCUUCCAAGGCCAAGAAACGCCCCCCUCACUCUGAACUUCAUUUUCAAAAGACCGAGGAAGCCAACCGUACGUUUUCCCGGGUUUUGCGCAGCGAACUGUUCGGAAAUACGGUUCCGCAGCCCGAUUUGAAUUCUGCGCCAUCUGACCCAUUGCUCGGCUUUAGCAAUGGACUAAAUGACAAGACUCGAUCCCAUACACCUCCCGCUCACAUCACUGCCAAUCUUCCUCCUGCUAGCAUCACCCCCACUACCCCACACAAGAACCUUUUCAACUAUGGACCUUCACGGCCGGGGUCCGGACAUCCAACCCCCUCUAAAACACCUCGAAGUGUGCAUGGCCCCAACUUAGACGUGCGCUCUGAACUUUACAGUCUUUCUCCUAUCCGUUAUGACAGCCAGCGUAUUCUUGAAACACCUCGAAAACAGGCCCGGUAUGUAAACAAGGUGCCCUACAAGGUCUUGGAUGCGCCAGAUCUUCAAGACGACUUCUAUUUGAACCUGGUGGACUGGGGGAGUAGCAACAUACUCGGCGUUGGAUUGGCCAACUCUGUCUAUAUGUGGAACUCCCACACCGGUGGAGUUACGAGGUUGUGUGAGCUGAAAGAUGAUACUGUGACCAGCGUGAGCUGGAUUCAAAGAGGUACACAUCUUGCAAUUGGCACAGGCAAGGGUCUGGUACAGAUAUGGGAUGCUGAGCAUUGCCGGCGUCUACGAACCAUGAUUGGACAUACCAACCGAGUUGGUGCCUUGGCGUGGAAUGAUCACAUUCUCACAUCCGGAUCCCGAGACCGCCUCAUUUAUCACCGAGAUGUUCGGUCUCCGGACCAGUACAUUCGAAAGCUUUCUGGUCAUAAACAAGAAGUGUGUGGGUUGAAGUGGAACACCGAAGAUGGUCAAUUAGCAUCCGGAGGCAACGACAACAAACUGAUGGUUUGGGAUAAGCUGAGCGAGACACCCCUCUACCGUUUCUCUGGCCACAACGCUGCUGUCAAGGCCAUUGCAUGGUCUCCUCAUCAACAUCAUCUUCUGGCUUCUGGCGGCGGUACCGCUGACCGCACGAUCAAGUUCUGGAACACACAAACUGGCUCAAUGAUUAAAGAGGUCGACACUGGUAGCCAGGUCUGCAAUCUCUCUUGGUCCAAAAACUCGGACGAGAUCAUCAGCACACACGGUUACAGCCAGAACCAAAUCGUCAUAUGGAAAUACCCGCGUAUGGAACAAAUAGUUUCAUUGACCGGCCACACUUUCCGCGUUCUUUACCUCGCCAUGAGCCCUGACGGCCAGACUGUCGUAACAGGAGCAGGUGACGAAACACUCAGAUUCUGGAAAAUCUUUGAUAGACGAGCUACAAGAGACUCUCGUCGGGAAGGCAGCAAACUGGCUGAAUGGGGCACCAUCAGGUAG